AUGAGCCCUACCCCUACAUCGUCGCCGCGGCAGCCCGGUGCGGGCGCCGGCGCCGGCGUGGCGCGGCACGCCGCGUUCAAGGUCCACAGGGACUCCCACAGUAUACACAAGGCCACCUCGCCGCUCUCCUCGGGCUCGGGAUCGACCAACUCGUCCGUGUCGUCGUCCUCCAAUGCCAUAAUCACCAGCAGCAGCCACCACCGGCCGGCCCCGGCGCCGCAGCCGCCAAGGCGGCAGCAGCAGCAGCAGCAACCGGUAAUCAUCUACACGCACUCGCCCAAGGUGAUCCGCACCAACCCGCGCGACUUCAUGUCCAUCGUGCAGAAGCUCACCGGCCUCGACAGUCACGGCCGUGGCGCGCCGCCCCCGGCGGGGCGCGUCAACUCGGGGUCGGUCGUCGCCGCCGCCCCGCAGGACGAGUCGUCUUCGUCCUCGUCCGAGAGCUGCGCCAACACCACCCACGCCGCGGGGCCGCCUCCCUACGUGGACUCGCAGUUGAUGCCGCCUCCGCCGGCUCCGCCUCUGGACGCGCACUUCAUGACGCCCGACAUCCCGCUACUGUUCGCGACCGACGCCGCAGCAUCAGACCUGCAGCAGCUCUGCGCGCCGAGGGGACUCUACGGCCAGUUCCCGCCACCGGUUGACGCUGUCGCGGCGAUCGGCCCAGUGAUGUCGACGAACAUGAACAGCGCCGCCAGCAACGGUGGGGCCGUGUUCUCCCCGUCGAUGGUGGAGACCGUGAGGACGUUUUCGAGCUAUAAUUAG